ACCUGUCCGGACACAAAACAACUGGGUACUCUAGGGCCUAGCUAUCAUCUUACCAUGGCGACGGAAGGGUCGGAAGUCUCGAACGCGUUUGACUUUUCAAAAAUCAAGGAGGCAGUAGAUGCUUUGUACGAUUUUAGAGAUCAUUUCUUUGAGAGAAAUUCAAUUGAUCGUGCAGUUCACAAAGCAGAAGAGGUCAGGCAAGAGCUACAGAAAACCCUCUCAAUAUUUGAUGGAAUAGAUGACAAUAUUGAUGCAAGUAGUAAGGCACUGGUUCUACUGCAAAAAGGCCGAGCAUGGAACAUCUUACCAAACUUCAGCCAGGAAGCCUUAGAUGCUCUGUCUCGGGCUGUCAAACUAGACCCUCAAAUGGUCGAAGCUUGGAACAACCUUGGUGAAACCUACUGGAAGAAAAAUGAUGUCAAUUCAGCUAAGAAUUGUUUUGAAGGAGCACUGAACUAUCAAAACAACAAGGUUUCUCUGAGAAACUUGUCAAUGGUGUUAAGACAGCUUGGGAGUGAUGAGAUGGAGAAAGCUAAGAAUCUUCAAGAGAGUGUAGAACAUGCUAAGAAGGCUGUUUCUCUUGAUAUGAAUGAUGGUACAUCCUGGUUUAUAGCUGGCAAUGCAUAUCUUUCUAUGUUCUUCAUGACUGGUCAGAAACCAGGGAUGUUAAAACAAUGUCAUGGAGCAUAUGCACAGGCUGAGCGUGAUGUUAUCGCCAAAUCAAACCCAGAUCUUCAUUUCAACAAAGCUACUAUUUUCAAAUUUCAAGAAGAGUAUGAGAUGUCUUUGGAUGGUUUCAAAAAGGCAAAAGCUUUGGAUCCAGUAUGGGAAGAACCAGAUCAGAAGAGGGCAGAACUUCUAAGCUAUCUUUGUAGGAUAACAGAACUAACAAAAGCAAAGGGAAAGUUAAAAGCCAAACGUUUACAACAGCUGAUGUCUUCAUUCAAAGAGAAUGACUUGGGUCCAUACAGCGGUGGGUCGUACACUUCACCUAAUGGUCAAACGGUCAAGCUAGAACCAUGUGUGCUGUCCAGAUUACAAGAAGGGAUUAAUUCAGAGAAGGUUGUUGUUGGGAAGGUUGUGUGUAGCAUCGCAACUGAAGAACUCAUUCCAUUUACCUUUGCUAUAGUUGAUUCAGAAGGGUCUUGCUAUUCUGUCAAUGUGUAUAACAUUGCUCAAGGUCAAGGGGUCAUCAUAGGUGAUACCGUAGCAAUACCAGAACCGUACCUCCAUAGGAUAGACUUCACAGUAGAUGACAAGCACAUAGAGUUUUCUUCCCUUCGAGUGAACACACCUGUAGCAUUGGUUGUUAAUGGUAAGAAACUUGGAAUAGACAAACAAGCACCUGCUAUGCUCUCGGUCAGUGCUAAAAGUGAUUGAACCAACCUCAAGUCUUUCUCCUUUCGGCAUUAUCAGCUUUGUGUUACGAAAUGGUACAGUGGUUAAUUUUUGUCAUAUUUCACAGUGUACACUCUGAAAAAAGGCCCCUCGUUCAAUUUUUUUGAUGCAGAAUAGAGUACCAAAAUCUGAUGUUAUUUGUGUGUGUGUGCAUUUAAGCAUGUUUCAUGACCAUAACAAACCCCUGUGCACCAAAUUUGAUUUAGUUCAUGGUGGCCUAAGGAAUGGCCAAUGGGCCUCAUUGACUGUGAGUGUGUAGAUUGGCCUGGUCUGUAAUGAUUUGGAACCAGUUUAAUUAUCACUGAUUUCAAUGGGGCUAUAAAGUAGGUAUGCAUACAGCCACAUCCCUCACAGACCAUUCACCAUUAAAUUAGGAUUUUGGAUAUUUUUCAUCAUGUUCAUGAGAAUCUUACAGCAUACACUAAUUCUUCAGUGCAUUCCUUCCAUAAUUGAAUUCCUUUAUACCGAAUUGCUAUUAUAAUACAAAGCUUGACUCAAGAUUCUAAAUGAUCAAUAGGGAAUUAGUAUGUGAAUACAAAUUACUUGGGCAAAGUAACACAUGCUCUUAUACAAUGUUUAUGUUGAUAUGCCACAUAAUUCUUGAUAGAAAGUAUCAUUAUCCUUGUUUUGUGUUCCUAUAACAUCGAGUGUUGACCUCCUCAAUUUACUUUACCUGCGUAUUUUGAAGUAAAAUACAAGUGGACACUUGAUUGUGUUUACAAAGAAAUACCAACAUUCCCAGGUUAGACUAUGUGUGUUAAAAUGAGGCAUAUGAAAUUAUAACGAGAUCAUACUGAGUUCCUAUUAUAUAAGAUUUUGUAGUGAGGUAAGAAAAUAGAGAUAUAAAUGUGAUAUGUUAUUAUCUGGUUAUCUACUUUAUUUUUAAUAUUUGUUAUCAGCAAUUUUUUAAGGUUUGAGAAACUGGUCUUGUCACACAAUUGCAAUUAUCUUAAGUAAAGAUAUUGCUAGAAAGUUUGUGUGCUGAUGCCAUAUUAUAUUUUUUUUGCCUACAAAGGUAAAAAUGAUAUAGUUAUCUACAUCCUUCAUUGAGUAUGGACUAUAAUAUGGUAGGACUAUUUUGUUAUAGAAUAUAUAUUCUAUACCAUUAUACUGAAAAAAAAAGUUUUUACAUUUUUAUUCUGGAAUGAGAGGUUGAAGGGUAGGGCUUUCUGAGUUGAUCUUUUCAUUUAGCACCAUUUAGUAUUAUGGCAUGCCUGUUUGUAACAAAAUUAUUUUUGUAAACUUUUCAAUGCUUUUAAUUUUUUUUUAUUCUUCAUGAACAUAUUUUCAUCUGUUCUGUUGGACCACCUUUCAUUGUCAUAUUUAAGAUAUUUAAGUGUACAUUGGUUUUAUUUAUGCUAACACCGUAUAAGGGUUAUUGAAAUAUUAACUGAGGGUCACAUCACAUAUUUUGUAAAGACAAGAUUGUAAAAUAAUAAUGGAAAAUUGUAGAUUUUUAAGUGUUAAAAAUCUUCCCUUUUUUUAAUGGAUCAGAAUUUGGAUCCUUGUAAGUGAUGUAAAUGCAUAAUGCAGAGUUUGACAUUCUAAAUGUGUGAAAUGCCUAAAGUGUUAUUCAUUUAUUGAUUAGUUAAAACUUUUUGGAAAAACUAGAAAAAAUACAUGUAAUUAUAAGAUAAGGAUUGUUGGUCUGUGUCCUACCCGUUUGAAAUAUGCUGUGUAUAUUAUUGCAAGCUGCCUUAUUUACGUAUUUGUAAAGUGUUAAUAAAGAAUGUGUGCAAUUUACAGUA